AAUGCCUCAUGCCACAGUGUGACGUUGUGUGCUGAGUCGUGUAGUCGUGACGGAGCGUCCAUCCGAUUCGAGUACAUACAGUUGAACAUCGUAGCCCGUCUUAAAACGAUAGACAAUGUCGAAGAAGAGUGCACUAGAAAUCGAAGCCGUCGGGCAGAACCCAACUGAAACCACUCCGCUUGUCUCUAGAACGGGUGCAGACACGAGCGAUGGGGCGGGCGGUUCGAGCAAGGCGGGCGGGUCUGGUGGUGCAGGGCUCUCCGUGCGACAGACGGCUAUCCUGGUAGCCGGCGAGAUGGCAGGAAGCGGAGUCUUAGCUCUUCCGCGGGCCCUCGUAAAGACAGGAUGGGUGGGAGUACCGUUGAUAAUCGUGAUGGCGUUGGCAGCUGCUUUUAGCGGGAAGCGGCUUGGCGACUGCUGGACCAUGUUGGAGAAUCGCCAUCCUGAACUGAGAACCCGAAACCGACACCCGUAUGCCAUCAUCGCCAACGAGGCUUUGGGGCCCAUCUGGAGUGUGGUGGUAUUCGUAUGCCUUAUGGUCACUCAAUUCGGCAUGUCUGUGGUAUACCUUCUGCUGGCGGCUCAGCUUAUCGAGCAGAUCUUCUUGUCGCUGAUGCCGAACGUAACCAUUUGCAUCUGGUAUCUGGUGGUCGGCUGUGGUGUUACGCCUUUCCUGCUUUUCGGAACACCUAAAGAUUUCUCCAAAUUGGGUCUGGUCGCGUUUGUGACGACAGUCUUGGCGUGUCUGUUCUACUUCAUCCAGAUGAUGAACGACGUGAAGCCGUUCGUAUUCCGAUGGGGUAUUCACGGCUUCACGGACUUCUUCCUCGCUUUUGGAACUAUCAUGUUUGCUUUUGGCGGCGCUUCCACCUUCCCCACCAUUCAGAACGACAUGAGCGAUCGUUCCAAGUUUAACACUAGUCUCAAGUAUAGUUUUUCAGCCGUACUGGUGCUGUACCUGGUGAUAGCCAUAUCUGGGUACGCGGUGUACGGCGAGGCAGUGGCGCCCAAUAUAGCAGCGUCGCUCUCGGCCACUGCACUGACGUUAGUGGGCAAUGUGCUGAUGACUCUGCACCUGCUAGCUGCUUUCGUCAUCCUCAUCAACCCUGUUUGCCAACAUGUGGAGGAGGUCGUCUACCGUGUGCCUACAGAGUCUGUGGGGUACCGCACUCUGGUGCGUCUGUCAGUGAUGGCCGGCAUCCUGUUCCUGGGUGAGAGUAUACCUCGUUUCUAUACGAUCCUGGCGCUACUCGGCGGCACUACGCUAGCACUCAUCACAUUCGUAGUACCCUCGUACUGCUAUCUCAAUUUGCUCGCCAAGGAACCGGCCGGAACCCCUGCAUCUGUGGCUUCAUCGAACUGGACAAAACUCUUCUGCUGGCAAGUAAUAGUCGUGGGAGUUGUAGGGGGCGCCUUUGCAGCCUACAGCGCCAUAAGCGCGAUCUUUAGCACCGCACAGGCAGUUCCCUGCUACUUGCGGUAGACGGCUUCUGUGCUGUCGGAUCGCCUAAUAAAUUAAGCAUAGUUAUCGACACAUUGCACGACAAUUUAUAUCAUAGAAUCAUCAAGCGUUGCAUGUUUGCAUUUCGGGUGUGUUUUUUGCCGGCAGUCAAUUUUGGAUGAGAUUUGUAAAAUUUAUCAAUUGAUUUUAUACUCAAUUAAAUUAAGUAUAAAGUUUUUGACUGAUAUAAUUUAACUUUUGCUGCUGAUAUUCUAAUUUUGUUCCAAGGUUUCAUGUUUAUAAAAUUUACAAUUAAUGUUUGUCCCAUGUCUUUUCUCUCUAGAGAUUUACUCAAUUUUUACUGCUAUAUUGAAUCUGCUAUAUCCCGUACUAUAAUGAUAUAUAAUUAUAAGGAUGUAAUGUUUGUUAACGGAUUUAAAAUAAUAAUAUUUUAAUAAGCUUCUGUUAAAUAUUAGUUUAAUGUUAGCUUAUUUAAUUUUUGUAAGGGCAUUAUUGUUAUCAAACUGUCAAUUAAUAUAUCGUGUUUAAGUGUGUAUGCCUUACAGUGCAGAUAUUAUUUUUAUUUGUGAAAACAUUUCUACUUGUUUUGGAAUAAAACAAUUAGUAAUUACAAGUAAUAAAUUUUUUGAUUUGG